GGCUCUGCCCAGAAUCCCAAGCCACCCAGCCUCCUGGAACAGCCCUGAACCUUGUUGACUCGUUUCAGCCCCUGGGGUCUCUGCCCAUGGGCGUCCUGCCGAGUCCACCCGGUGCCCGGCCCCCAGCGCCCUGGCCCCUCGGUACUGCCUGCGGCGGGAGCUGCCAGCUUUUUGGAAUUCCUAAUGCUCCUGGCCCCGGUGAUUGGCUGCUCAGCUCUGACCCCACUUGGGCUGCCGCCUGGUUGGAUAAAAGGGGAAUCUCCUUGGGGCUCCAGAGCAUUAGACACCGGAGGGGGCACCUGGGACCAACUUCGCGAAGCGGGGAGCCCGGCGGGGGGGUGGGGGGAGCGAAAGACCUGCGGCCUCAGCCCCUCCAAAGAACCGGGAGAUGACGGGGAAAGCGGGGGAAGCGCUGAGCAAGCCCAAAUCCGAGACUGUGGCCAAGAGUUCCUCGGGGGUCGCCCCGGCCAGGUGCACGGGGUUCGGCAUUCAGGAGAUCCUGGGCUUGAACAAGGAGCCCCCCAGCUCCCACCCGCGGGCUGCCCUCGACGGCCUGGCCCCCGGGCACUUGCUGGCGGCGCGCUCCGUGCUCAGUCCCGCAGGAGUGGGCGGCAUGGGGCUGCUGGGGCCCGGGGGGCUCCCCGGCUUCUACGCGCAGCCCACCUUCCUGGAAGUGCUGUCCGACCCGCAGAGCGUCCACUUGCAGCCGCUGGGCAGAGCGUCGGGGCCGCUGGACACCAGCCAGACGGCCAGCUCGGAUUCUGAAGAUGUUUCCUCCAGCGACCGAAAAAUGUCCAAAUCGGCUUUAAACCAGACCAAGAAACGGAAGAAGCGGAGACACAGGACAAUCUUUACUUCCUACCAGCUAGAGGAGCUGGAGAAGGCAUUCAAUGAAGCCCACUACCCAGAUGUCUAUGCCCGGGAGAUGCUGGCCAUGAAAACGGAGCUACCAGAAGACAGGAUACAGGUCUGGUUCCAGAACCGCAGAGCCAAGUGGAGGAAACGGGAGAAGUGCUGGGGCCGGAGCAGCGUCAUGGCGGAGUACGGGCUCUAUGGGGCCAUGGUGCGGCACUCCAUCCCCCUGCCAGAGUCUAUCCUCAAGUCUGCCAAGGAUGGCAUCAUGGACUCCUGUGCCCCGUGGCUGCUGGUUCAAGAUGGCUUUCCCAGGCGCUUUUCUAAACCCGAAUACCAACAAUUCUUUUUAGGGAUGCACAAAAAGUCGCUGGAGGCCGCAGCGGAGUCGGGGAGGAAGCCCGAGGUGGAGCGCCAGGCCCUGCCCAAACUCGACAAGAUGGAGCCGGAGGAGCGGGGCCCCGACCCUCCAGCGGCCAUGUCCCAGGAGGAACUGAGGGAGAACAGCAUUGCAGCGCUCCGAGCCAGAGCUCAGGAGCACAGCACCAAAGUGCUGGGGACUGUGUCUGGGCCUGACAGCCUGGCCCGGAAUACCGAGGAGCCAGAGGAGGAGGACGCCAUGGAAGAAGACAGGCCAGCGGAGAAGCUGAGUCCACCACAGCUUGAGGACAUGGCUUAGGUCAAGGGCACGCAGCUACCGGAGCCCCAGGACUCUGCUCCCUUCGGGGCCUGUGGUGUCGGGAGGUGUUCUCUGAGGCAGGGCCCGGGCCUGGCCUCUGCCCCCCUCCCCCGGCCCCACAGGCCCUCCAUGACCCCCGGGGUGACUUCAGGCACAACUCAGUUCUGGCCGAGGCUUUGGGCCACGCGGAGACACCCCCUAUCUGGUCUUGACCUCUCCAGCAUCCUCCCCUUCACCCCAACAGCCCUGCCUCAGAAGCUUUCUUGCUGUCCCAAACCACCCCUUCAAGCCGCUUUCACUCAAUCCCUUGGCGACUCUCCCUGCCCAAAUCCACCCCUUACUCUCUGUUCUCGCGCGUGAAAGAGCCUUCCCUUCCCAGCUCUACACCCGCUACGGAUUCUGCUCUGGCCGGGUCCAAAGCCCACUGCUGCAGACUCAUUGCCUGCCACAGCGGUGACGGGGAUUGAGGACCCGCACUCUGGCACCAACGUCCUGAGCCCCCCAGUCUUCAGUAAAACUGCGCUCGCCAGCCUAUUCCUUCCUGAGGGCCCGGGCCUGGGCCUCUGCGGUGUGGAUGUGCUGCCCCGCAGGCCCAGCUACAACCUCUGCCCAUGGUCCAGGUUAAACUUGGAAGGUCUCAGCCUGAGCCCCUCGGCCACCCUCUGUCUCAUGCCCUCCACAGUCACCCUUAGGAACCUGCCGGCCCUCUCCACACCCAGCCCGCCCCACCGUUCCCCCCCAGCAUGGGUCCCAGCACCGCACGGGGCCAUGUACAAUAUCUGUAGAGUCCUGGGCCUGGGCCCUGCAGCCAGGGGGUACACGUCACAAAUGCUGUGGUCAUGGCACUGUUGGGGAGGCCGAACUCUUACCCGGAGCCCUGGGGCCUGCGUUCUGAAGCAUCCUGACCCCCCUGGUGUGAUGCCUGUGACCCUGACUUGCCAUGCAAGACACCCUUCUAGAGCUUCUUGCAAUUUAUCGGUUCGCAUGUGUCCUGCCUUGGAGCACCCCAAUCCAGCUGUAAAAUGAACCCAUAAGAAGCCACAGAUCUCGACUCCACUUGAUCCAGACCAUCCUCGGGAGGCCAAGCUUGGAGGGGGCCUGGGGCUAUUAUAGGCAUCAAGGAGUGGUCACCAGAAGGGUGAGAAAGAGAAAGGGCUCAAAGGAGAGCAAAGCAGGAGCCGGUGUUCAACUCAAACCAUGCCCGGUGUAUGCGUGUUGUCUGCCCGCUAGAAUAGGAGGGACAUAGUGACCGUGUAGGAAUAGGUGACAGGGUGCUUCUUCCUGUCUGCGGAUGAGAGGAACUGUCCGUACGGGUGGCCUCCCUGCAGCUGCCCCCGGGGCCAGACGCAGGUCUCCCUCACCCCCCUGACAUUUCCCUCUGCCAUGCCACCCACCCUUGCAGGGAAUACCUCGCAAGAGGAAGGUCUGAGACAGUGAGUUGGGGUUUUAAUUCCGUAUCAACAGUUGAUUUCUUCCUCAUCCCGUUCAUGGAACUCCCCCCUCUUCUUCUUCUUGUCUUUGUCCCCAGUUGGUUUGAAGUGUUAGACUGUAGCCCCUGCCGUGUAAAUACUGUACAUAGAGUGGGAAGAAAGAAACUUGAUAUUGAGGUGUUCGAAAUACGGAACUGUAAUAACUUCUAGCUCUUCCAAACCUGUGAUUUCUGUGCCAUUUUCUGUAAAGACACAAGUAAGAAUAAAAUUGAUGUAAAAACGUCAGGGGAGGAGGGAUCCAGGAAUCCUCGAUGGGUGAGGAUGGUGUAUGUACGUAUGGGUAGCAUAAAAAGUAAAUCCAUGAAGGCAUUUUUAAAUCAAAA